GCAGCUAUUUCUUGUCAAUGUUUUUUGUGUGUAGGUUACUUGCUAACUGUUGUAGGUGACUCAGAAUUUAAAAAUGGCACCGUCAACCGUUUUUUUUAUACAUGUACUUUUUGUCUCAAUAACGCUUACAGAGACAUCUCUGACUACGGAAAAUAUCCUGAUUAACGUGAUAGCCGGGACACCAGAUACACAGGAGCCUUAUAACUUGCAGAUUAAUUUAAACCUAUCAAUUGGCGAAGAGCAAAUAUUGGUGAACAAUGUCCCCGUUGAGCUGUCAGCGGUGACCAGAUUAAACUGCCAAGCCCUUCUCUUGGACAGUACAAAUGGAAGUGAGUAUGGAGGUGGGGACCUGGUAUCUACUGUCACCCGGGUGAUGGUGACUCAGAACCGACUGUACAGUGACGCUGAAGAAGUGGUGGCUCUGCAGGUGUUCAGUGAAGUCAUCGAGUUGGAGGGCAAAAUGGUGCAGCAGCCGGAUAUGUGCGAGGUGAAAAUACUGAUGAGCCCAGAUUUCCAGAAGCUGGCACAGUUUACCAACAUUUACCCCAUCGGACACAGCGAGAUCUUCAGGGUUUCCAGAGAAAACGACGUGGUCGUCACAGAUGCAACCAACCAUAAAAAAGAGGAGCAAAUGAUGUCCCAGACGACCAGCCAGUACCCUCUCAAACACUCUGACACGACGCAAGAAGAAUUUGCAGCUCCGGGAAAACUCCCAGAGACUCCGCUGCGCAUGGACCCGGAUGUCUUGAAUGACGUAAGAUAUGAAGAAACGGAAGACGCAGACUUGGACCAACACAACCAGGUUCCAAUGGAGACGUCACCCAAAGAAUUUAUUUCCUAUUCGGCCAUAUGCCGCUGGGUGGACGACUUCAGGGAGCGCCUCCGACACUUCUGCUCCGAGUCGCUGCCCCUCUUCUUCCUGGUCAUGUGGGUGGUCGUCAUCGGCGUGGUGGGAUCGGCAGUCAUCGUCAAGAUCCUGGACUUGUGCUUCCCAGUGUGUGAACACAAACACAUUUUCCACCUCAAUUCUCUGGCUGUGGUGCCAGAGGAUGAGAAGCACACUCUACUGGAGGGCUUAGAAGAAGACGACGAGAGGAAGCCUUGAAAGAAGACCGGUUCUUUUGUGUUACUCUUGUUUUGUUACUGUACACAACAGCGCUAUCCGUAUCUACCAACCCAACCACAUAGGAGCAUGUUGGCACUCAUUGGCCACCGUAUUAGGUCCAAGAGUGGCAUGCAUUGAGAGACGCUGUGAUGCGUUUACCUCCUCCAGCAACCACAACAACAUUAUCAAUUAUCAUUUCCAUCUGGAAAAUGGUCAUGUUUUUUGUCUUUUUUAAAACAGUGGAACCCGUUUAAGUGAGGGCCGCUUAUGUCACGUCUUGGUCCACCCCGUGCACGCUUAAGUUGACAUGGACAUACACGGUCAACCGUUAAUGUCGACAUAAAAUGUGAGAUCCAUUUAUGUUGACGUGUGUUGUGGUAUUGUUAACUUCAUUAUUGUCACUAAGCAGCGUGAAAUUACUUUCUAGGUGCACAGCAUGAAAACCUGCACACAGUCACUUCCUGUUUAAUGCAAAGUAAACUUCAUAAUAAAAGCAUUGCAGUAUUAACCUGGAUUGUACCACAGCAACUAACAAAAUGUAGCCAUUUAAUAAAAAAAAAAAAAAAAAAAAAAAGGUUGUUAGCCUCCGGAAGCUUGAAGAUUUGUGCAUGUACAAAAACGUUGUUAUAGUCAAAACGUGUAACAAAAUUACAGCAGCUCUGUUAGGUAAGAGUAUAAAACAUACUAUGAAAUCGCAAAAAUACAGUAAUCCCUUGCCAUUUCAUGGCUGUUUUUCAAAAAUAUUAAUGAAUAAAUCAUUGCUGUUAUGUGGUAGACUCCGGCCUGUUAGUAAAAAUUUUUUUUAUAAAACAACAUAUUUAAGCACUUUUUACAUUUUAGCCUAAAGUCCACAUUUUCAAGCAUAAAAAUGAAAUAAAAUACAAAUAUAAGGCAUUCAGAAGAUGCAUUCAAAGAUGCUGUGAUAUGAAGUAUUCUACACUGGUCAGUAGGUGUCAGUAAUGUUACAUUGAUGAGACAACCACCUGCCGACCACGCAAACUCACGCAAUGCUAACAUGUGAGGCUCUUAUGUCUACUAUAUCAGGUAAUAGGAGUGUAAAGGUGACUAUUGGGGUGUUAUUUCAUGUGCAGAGGGCUCUAAUAAUGUUUUUAGAAGGAUGUAAACAGGUUUUCUAUGCUCCAACUACAAACAUAUUCCAUUUAUAAUAAAAGGAAUCCUGCUUCCCGGAAAAUCAUUGUCUGGAACCAAUUAACUGAUCAGCGAGGGAUGCUUGCAUGCAGAAUUGGAGGAAAACCAUGUCAUCAACUAGAAAAUCCAUUCCCCUCAUGUCUCAAGUCACAAGUAAACAUGCCAGUAAUGGCUCGUUCCAGUUAAGUCGAGAACCGCUUAUGCCGACGCGAGUCAGCCAGUCCGAGGGGCGUGGACUUAAACGGGUUCCACCGUAGUACUUGAGAUGUCAAAACGGGGUCUUAACUCACAUGUUUCUAUUUGUCUUUGUAAAGGCAGAAUUUCUAUCUAAGGCUUUGUCUGAGUUUGCACACUUCCGUACUUGAGUACUUAAGUGCAUUCACACUGAGAAGUGCUGUCCAAAUGGCGAGCGCGCCGCGAUGGACACUUACCAUCAGUAGUCAGCCAUCUUGGCUACGUAGCGGAAGGGGAGGGACUCAUUUGAAAUAAUGGCGGCUGAGGAAGGAAGAAAGAAAAAGCGGGCAAAUACUGCGAUGGUCAUUUCUGGUAAGCGCCCAACUACACUACAGUAGAUCCCCGCUAUUUGUGGGGGUUAGAUCCAAGAUCUGAAUUCAAACACUCAAUGGAAUCUGUGGAAUCUGAGGUGGAACGUUGACCCCCAAAGAUUGGUUCCUCUUCAGGAUUCAGGUGCUAGUGGAGAACCUGUCGCUUCCAGUAAUCUCCGGAUCUCCCUUUCGGCUUUGGUUAUAGAAGCCCUUCUGAUGGUUGAUAGAUUUAUUUUUUUUUGAUCCACAGUCGGUCAGUCUUCAGGGUCUUGCCGUGAUGGAGAUUGUGAAGGUUUUUUCCAGGCAUGUUAGAAGGGUCGGGGUCGAAUGAUUCUUCCCAGAAAUCAGGUAUUCUUCCAUCCGUUCCAAUCUUCUCGGCUUUGGAUUGUCCAGACUCUGGGUGGUCAAGGAAAAUUGGGAAGCUUCUCCAGAAGUUGCCAUAGUGACAUCUAGAACAGGGGUCCCCAACCUUUUUGGACUCACGGACCGGCUCAUGUUCCCACAAAUUGUGUAAAAGGAACAA